CGCGCCGGUUCAUCAUGGAAAAAUCGAAAAACCAAAAAAUACUCGCCCACGAGCCAUCCAUUCCCCCCUCUCUUGACCGUACCCUCUCGUUCCAGGAUUACAAGAGAGGAGGAGGAGGAGGCGAAGGCGGAAAGAAGCUCUUGUUCGGCUUCUUCUUCAUUUUGCCCCUCGCGCCUGGGAAAGAGAUAAAUCUCCUCCAUCCGAUGGCAUCUUCGUGGUGCCUCUCCUCCGCCACCGCCCUCGGGUACCCUUCGCCGGCGGUGGUCCGCCAGAGAAGCGGAUGUGGCCUCCUUCUCCCCCCGCUUCGCCAGUGGGGCAAGAGGAGUCUCGUGGUCUGCAUGGCCCCGGAGGAAGAGAAGAUGACCCGCCGUUCCCCUCUCGAUUUCCCCAUCGAGUGGGAAAGGCCCAAGCCUGGCAGGAGACCUGAUAUAUUCCCGCAAUUUAGCCCAAUGAAAACCCCAUUGCCAACUCCUUUGCCAGCAGACCCUCCUGAAGAGGAUGAGGAAGAGGAGGAAGAAAAGAAAGAGGAAGAAGAGGAAGAUCCUGAUAAGGAAGAUCCAGAUAAUCCGGAGAAGCACUCUUAGAUAAAAUAGCAUGCUGGUGACCAGCAAUAUAUACUUUAUGAGGAAGAUUUCUUUUUACUGUCACAGUGGGGAAGGCUAAAUCUGCAUCCUUGUGUUAGCCAGCCAUCUAGCUGCCAACUUUCAGCUAUCGUUGAGCUAUUACCAUAUGUAAAAGUAUAUUAAUAUCAAAAUUUUGAGGUUUUGCCCAAACAUGUAUCUUUAUCAAUUAGAUUAGGAAUGUUUAUUUUCUUUCGUUUGAAUUUACUUUUUGUCAGCACAAAUAGGUUGCCAAGGGUCAAAGCAGAUAUUAUUCCGGAAUUAGAGUUACUGAUGUGCACUAAUUGAGGUAAAGUCAGUAAUCUCAUCAAUCUUAGGUGUAACCAAUACCAAGAUCAACCAAGGUUUUGGCUCACCAGGAUACGAUAUGGAAGGCUGAAGAACUAGAGUGAUUGUUAUACUCGCCUAACCCUCAGAAAGAUUGUUAUACUCCUUUUGG